AUGUUCAUUGGUCUCCUCAUCACUGUAUGCGUCAUCUACAGUAAAGAGAGAAGUCGUGAAAGAAUGGCUGAAAUUUAUAAGUAUAUUGGAUUUGGAGGUGAACCAGAAAAAUAUAAACCUCCAAUAAUGGAGACCGAAGAGAAACCAGUUCCAGACAAUCCCGUAAAUCCUCCUUACCCAUCAAGCGACAAAACGGGAAGUGAAGACAUCGUUUCAAAUGGUGCAAAAAUGCCGAUGAAUGCCCUUCAGGAGGAAAUUUCGGAGUCACCUGUAGAGAUAGCUUCUGAAGCCGUCGAAAGUCCUGUCAGCCAGAAUUUGAGUAAACCAACUCCUAGUGGAAACAAUGCUAAAUCAGGUGGCACUAAGAAACAUGCCCCGCCUGCUAAAAAAGUCGCUCCAACCGUUCCGAUGUCUACGUCUCAACGGGUCAAAUUUCUCAAAUUAAAACUGAAGGAGGUGAUGUAUAUCAGUGCCAUCGAUUUUUCGCAAGCGUUUAACCUCAGUCAAGACCCCAUUUGGGAACAAUGGGAAUUCGGCAAAAAGCACGCUCUUGGUCAAUACAUGUUUCUCAGCAUUAAGGAGUGCCCAGAUUUGGCUUAG